UCCGCGCGACGGAGGAGCUCCGAUACAGGGUGAUUCCUGCUGCAAACAUGAAGACCUCCGCCGCUUCUAAUGCAGUGGACUCAAAUCAGAGGGAAGCAUAUUAUCGUGGUCGUGAUGACCCAUUCUUUCAUGGGAUGCGAAGAGGUGAAGCAGCACUAGUCAGGAAGGGCAGUGCAAUUGACUUUCAAGGAAAUUUAGCAACGAAGAUCAGUUAUAGACCAGCCUCAGAUGUUGGAGAUCAUAAAUCGAGAAAUAUUAUUGAUGCUAUAACUGAAGAACCUUAUGAUAGUCCUAAAAACUCACCUAUGGACAUAGUUCUAGAACCUAUUGGCAGGACAUCGUCCGGGAGGUGGUCAAAGACUUCCUCGCCGCUAGUAGUUGCUCAGUCAGAUGUGAAUAUCAACCUCGAUGAACUUAACGAACCAUUAGCAAUUUCUAGUCCAGAUUCCACAGAAGGAAAGGAGUUGGCCAUUCAAGUUAGCUCCACAAGGCCUUUGGUCGAAACAUCAUAUCAAGUGACAAAGUGGCAAACAGAUAUUUCCAAUGUUCCUCUUCCUCCAUCUGCAGCAUUGUUUUAUCAAGGGCCUUCGCUACUAAGGGGAGUUACUGUACCAUGUGCAAGUAUUCACAAGCUAAACGCGUACCUGAAGGCUAAGAGAGAUGUUGUCAAUGCUGGUGUUCCUGGGAUGUUCCUACAUGCUGUGAUUGGGCCAGAUGGUACAGAUGUGGGAUCGGUGGCUUCGACCAUCAUGUAUGCUUUUCAUGUUGAUGAGACUAUCAAAAGCAAGCACUUUUUCACUGUUCCUGUAAUUAAUAUGAAGAGGGCUGACUUAGACACACAUGUUAAUGUUCGGUGGCUUCUUAACUCAUGCCAUAUUGAUCUGUCAUUUUUAAUUUUCAUUGAUGAGAUUGACCUGGCCUAUUACGAUCUAUAUGGGAGUCUCAAACUGGUUUUGGUCAGUUGUGAUAAGCUCCCGUCUGAACAAGAGGCACUGAGAGAUUCAAUAGUUGAAGUGUUCCACUGUGAAAAGUCUGAUGCAUUUUCUUGGGUUCAUACGGUCACUGAGCGAGAGGAUGUAUCAUGCUGUACUGGAAUUGCUGAAAAUUUUGCAACGACUUCCCCUGAGAUACUGAGCGGGCAAGGAUUCAGUAGACUUCUGUUAGCAGGAAUCCUUAUGGACACUGAAAAUUUAUCAAGCCCAUAUUGUACCUCGAAAGAUAAAUACAUGGCGACCUUGUUGAUUAAUGGAGCGGGCCGAUUUGGAUUCAACGGGCUUUACCAAUUACUGAAACACACAACUCACGGUUCGUAUGAUCUUAAAUUGGGGGAUAUAUUACAGAAGGAAUUCAAGAAAUGGACCAUAUCAGGUAAACCGGAUACUAUAAGUUCGAGGCUGGGACCCAAUAUCGGGAUGAGUUCAAUCGGGAUGUCAGUUGCCCAACUGCUGUCUCAUGAUUCAGCUUCAGUUCAGGAAAUCAUACAUUUUCAAAAAUUGGAGAAGCUCAGCAUACUAAUGGUAGUCUCUGGCUACUAUGAUCCACAGAAGAGAUUCAAGAGGGAAAUUCUGGUUUCUGCUGAAUCUUCCGAGCUCAUGAAGAAUCUGCUCAUGUUCUUGAAUUCAAGCGAAGCCCAGCUUCCACUCAGACCUCUAAACCAAUCAGGUCUACGAGGCGAGAUGAGAGUGUUUGAGAUCAACAAAGUUACCUCGAGGAGGACCAUCGAACGCCUCCUGGAAGAUUUUGCGUCCACCUCUCCUUAACAGAGUCCAUUUCACAGUCUUUCCUAAUUAAAAUUUGAAAUGUAUGCAUAUGUGUGCAUCUUUAUCACAUUUGUAGUUUACCAGCUUGAAAUAAUGAUGUGAAACUUGAAUUCUCGAGUUUCUGAUUGAGUGAGUUUUAGUGGUGAGAUCGUGAGACUGUUGAAAAUGGAAGUGGGAGAAAUUUACCUUUACAUCA